CCCUCCUGUGACUCGUGACGCACCCCACCCCAACCACGCCGCCCGCCUCCCUCUCCACCACCACCACCACCACCAUGGCGGCCGCCGCCACCGCCGCGGCCGCGGCCACCUCCACCUUCACCGCCGCCGUGCCGCGCGCGCGCGGGCGCAGGCAUCCAACGCGCGUGGCGGCGGCGGCGGCGGCGACGGCGUCGUCACCGGAGGCGGCGAUGGCGGCGGCGGCGCCGCCGUUGCCGAUGAUGCGGGUGGCGCCCGAGACGCUGCAGCGGCAGAGCGGGUACCUCGUGCGGGGCCGCGGGGAGGAGGGGAUUGGGGAGGGGGAGGCGGAGGCGGUGGGAGGGGACGCGGCGGGAGGGCUCGGCGCGAUGGAGUACCUGACCAGCGUGCUCUCGUCCAAGGUGUACGACGUCGCCAUCGAGUCGCCGCUCCAGCUCGCCACCAAGCUCUCCGAGCGCCUCGGCGUCAACUUGUGGAUCAAGCGCGAGGACCUGCAGCCCGUAUUCUCAUUCAAGUUGAGAGGAGCAUACAAUAUGAUGGCAAAGCUCUCGCGUGAACAGUUGGAGAGGGGUGUCAUCUGCUCCUCUGCUGGGAACCAUGCCCAGGGAGUGGCCCUUUCCGCUCAAAGACUCGGUUGCGAUGCUGUUAUUGUCAUGCCUGUGACAACGCCUGAAAUCAAGUGGCGAUCGGUGGAGAGAUUGGGUGCAACAGUUGUACUCAAAGGGGACUCAUAUGAUGAAGCUCAAUCAUAUGCAAAACAAAGAUGCGAGCAGGAAGGCCGCACAUUCAUACCUCCUUUUGACCAUCCUGAUGUUAUAAGUGGACAAGGAACGAUUGGCAUGGAAAUUGUUCGGCAGUUGCAAGGCCCACUUCAUGCCAUAUUUGUACCUGUAGGAGGAGGUGGAUUAAUUGCUGGGAUCGCUGCCUAUGUAAAAAGGGUUCGCCCAGAGGUGAAAAUAAUUGGAGUGGAGCCAUCAGAUGCAAAUGCAAUGGCAUUGUCCUUGUGUCAUGGUCAAAGGGUCAUGCUGGAGCAAGUUGGUGGGUUUGCUGAUGGUGUGGCUGUCAAAGUUGUAGGGGAGGAAACAUUUCGCUUGUGCCGGGAACUUGUAGAUGGUAUUGUUCUUGUCAGUCGAGAUGCUAUUUGUGCUUCAAUAAAGGAUAUGUUUGAGGAGAAAAGAAGCAUACUUGAACCUGCUGGUGCCCUUGCGCUGGCAGGAGCUGAAGCUUACUGCAAAUACUAUGGCUUGAAAGGGGAAAAUGUUGUUGCAAUAACUAGUGGAGCAAAUAUGAACUUUGAUCGGCUCAGAUUAGUAACUGAGCUGGCUGAUGUUGGUCGAAAACGAGAAGCAGUUCUUGCCACAUUUUUGCCAGAGGAGCAGGGAAGCUUCAAAAAGUUUGCAGAGCUGGUUGGCCGGAUGAAUAUUACUGAAUUCAAAUACAGAUACGAUUGCAAUGCAAAAGAUGCCCUUGUCCUUUACAGUGUUGGCAUCUACACUGACGAUGAACUUAAAGCAAUGGUGGAACGUAUGGAAUCUUCAAAAUUGAGAACUGUUGAUCUUACUGACAAUGAUUUGGCAAAGGAUCAUCUAAGAUACUUUAUUGGUGGCAGGUCAGAAGUAACAGAUGAACUUGUUUACCGGUUCAUUUUCCCAGAAAGGCCUGGUGCACUUAUGAAAUUUUUGGAUGCAUUCAGCCCCCGCUGGAAUAUCAGCCUUUUCCAUUACCGUGCACAGGGUGAAACCGGAGCGAAUGUUUUGGUUGGCAUACAAGUGCCGCCGGAGGAGUUUGACGAAUUCAAGAGCCGUGCUGACAAUCUUGGGUACGAGUACAUGUCGGAGCAGAACAACGAGAUAUACCGGCUCCUCUUGCGCGAUCCGAAGAUCUAAUGCCACUGACUCGAAUCAAAACCGGACCGACUGUUAAAGUUCCUUUGCUCCCAUAAGUUGGUGAGGCUUACCAAGAUCGAUCCAUUCAGGUAGUAGGGUCAUUUGCUUCAUCUUUUGGAAUAAAGGCGUCGCCUCAUCUAUUUAUGUACUCCAGAAUUUUGGGUGUGCCAUUUGUUGAUGUGUUGAGUAUGUAAUGUAAUGUAUGUGUUGUACUUAUUGAUCUGAUUCUCUGUUGUACUUCACCAAGAAUCUGCCGAAUAAUGAUAAUAAGUUUGUAUUCACGUAACUCUGGGUCAUGUUAUGUCUGUGGUUCCUAUCUCCCCAUUAGAUAAUGGAAAUGGUUUACUUA